AUGCCUACAACAACAAAAAGUGUUACAAAUGCCAGUAAAUUGGAUAAUGAAUCUACAGUUCGAAAAUCUCGAUCUGAAUUGACUUCAAAGCAACAUUUGAACAACAAUAAUAAGCAAAUUCUAUCCAACAAACGACGAUCAUUAGGCUCCAAUUCGAUUAAAUCCACACAAACUGCAGUCAAUCAUCAGCCGAAAACACAUUGGAGAUCGCCUGGCCACUGCGAGAUACCAAAUAUUCUAGGAAAUGCUUAUUUAGAGCCAUUUACGAUAUCUGAUCGACAAUUGAAUCAUAUCAAUCAAUUAACCCACCAUCAGCAUCAACAUCAACAUCAACAUCACCAACAGCAUGAAAGUGGUCCUAAAAGGCCUCCUUGGGUUCCUGCCUAUAACUGGACACCUUCUCCACUACCACCCGUCAUUCGAACCGAUGAAACUGCAUUUGAAAAAAGACUGAAAAAGGCCUUGCCAAAGAUCCAUUUAGUUACCAUGCCAAAAGCAAGAUAUGUUGGCGCAAAAGAAAUUGGCACAGGUGUCAAUGGGGCUGUGGUUCAGGUACAAGUGAAAAAUUCAAAUAACAAUCAGCCCUCCAAGUUAGCAUUGAAACGUUGUAAAUUGGACAGUGAUCGAGAGUAUCGCACUGCCAUAGUGCGUGAACUUCGUAUUAUGUCCAGUGGUCAUUUCAAUCUAAUCAAGCUUCGCGAGGCUUCUGUUUUUAGAAAUGAAGUCUGGAUUGCUAUGGAUCUAAUGAGAUGCAGUGUGUUUGCUGUACUAUGUGCAAGAGGUUUACCUGAAGAUUGUGCCAUUUACAUUGCUCGCGAAACACUCAAUGCAUUAAGCUUUUUGCAUUCAAAAGGCUUCAUUCAUCGUGAUGUAAAAUGUGAAAAUUUGCUUGUGGGCCAUAAUGGAGAAAUCAAGCUAGCUGAUUUUGGACUAGCUACAAGCACAAAGCAUGUCAAUCGGGAACGAUUAGGUACAGCCAAGUGGAUGGCCCCUGAAGUCAUCAGAGAAAAUGCCUAUGAUGAAAAGGUCGAUUUAUGGUCUUUGGGAAUUACUUUAAUUGAGAUGAUGGAUCGUGUGCCUCCUCAUUACAAUAUAAAGAAUGAUGAAAAGGUCUUUAGCAAGAUUUUGGAGGAUCCCAGUCCAACAUUCACUUAUUCCUAUCCUACCAUCUAUUGCACUGGACUAGUUGCAUGGCUACUAGAAGACGAUCCAGCCAAUCGCCCCACAGCUAAAGAUGUCAUUACUGAAUUGGACUUACAUCUUGAGCAAGGCUUGUUAAAGACCACAACUGCUCAAGAACUGAGCAAUUUUAUAGUCAAGACAUUGAAACCAUAA